AUGGAACUGCUUGUUUCGCCGGAUGCUGCCCGUAACAUUGCGGCCGGAGUGUUGGACCAGGAAAACCAUCACGGUGGCAUUGUUAAUCCGGCCGCAACGAUUGAUCUUGAGCAGGAACAGCUGGAGAACGGGAGCGUGAUUUGUGACAUUGCUAAAAUACCGCGAGUUCCGGGCGAUGGUGCCCAUGCCCCGGACGAUGAACCGGACCCCGACGACAGACCGUCGCGACCCACCACCACCGAUAGAAGCGAUCGAUUGCGGUCGCUUUCCCUUGCGGGAUGUGAGCCAGAAAUUAACGGAGACCUGCCUAAGAUUGAUCCAAGCCGCAUCGAUGAUCCGAGUGGAAAUAUGGAAAGAACUGAAAAGGAUGAAAAACCACAAUCAAACGGGGUAAUGUCACCGUCCUUCACCAUCCAGCAAUGCAGCCCCGACUACCAGGAGGGCAAGGGUGGUGAUCCAUUACCACCACCGCCACCGGGCGGAGGAGAACUCCCUGGGUCGACGGCAGCAAAUCCCGGCAGCACUACCCACAUUCCACCGCACACCAACAACACCUACUCGGCGUUCAAGCGCGGCAACGUGGUUAAGGGCAUCCUGUGCCCAUCCAUGACGAACUCGUUUCGUGCACCGUCCCUCGAGCGAUCCUAUCUGACCUAUUCGCACCGACAGCGCCAAAAGUCCCUGAUCCUGGUGAACGUGGUCGACCUGGUGCUGAAGGUGGUGCUGGCCUCGGUCUGGAUCGGCUUCAACAGUGGCAUGACAAUCAAGCCGCACGAGGUGACCUGGUCCGUGUGCUGUAUCAUCUCGAACUUUCUGAUCUGCGUGCUGGGGAGCUGGCGCCUGUUCGCCAACAACUAUCUGCACUGGGCGGCCGUCUGCACCUGGCUGCUGCUGAAUCUGCAGGGAUUUCUCGGCGAAGGGUUGGGCUUUGCCGAGCGCGAAUAUUUGAUCUGGUACGUGCUGUUCAUUAUCUUCGUCCCGUACGCGAUGCUACCGCUGCCGCUCAAAUGGUGCAUGAUUGCCGGCUCGAUGACCGCCAUCUGCCAUUUGGUGGUUACGUCGCUGAACAAAUUUCUGCACGACAAGGAUCCGAGCUGCAUCGUACGGCAGAUGAUUGCCAAUCUGUUGCUCUAUCUGGCCAUCAACUUUGCCGGCAUGUACACCAAAUAUCUAACCGACCGCGGCCAACGGUUAGCCUUCAUCGAAACGCACAAGGCUAUGGAGCAUAAGCGCGAAUCGGAGAAGGAAUACCAACGUACGCAGCGAUUGCUUGACUCAAUUUUGCCAAUGUUUGUCAACAAUGAUAUACGGAAGGAGAUGUACAAAUCGCCAGAACAGGCACAGGUUGAUACGCAGUUUAAGAAGCUUUACAUUUACCACAUGGACAACGUGAGCAUACUGUUUGCGGACAUUAAGGGCUUUACGGAGCUGGCGAGCAAAACGUCCGCCCAGCAGUUGGUGAAGAUAUUGAACGAUCUGUUUGCACGGUUCGACAAAAUUGCGGAGGAUAACCAUUGUUUGCGUAUUAAGCUGCUGGGAGACUGUUACUAUUGUGUGUCGAUGUUUGAUAGUCAGAGCUGGAAGAGUCGUCCCGAUCAUGCGGUGUGUAGCGUUGAAACUGGGCUGCAUAUGAUUAAGGCGAUUAAAGAUGUCCGGUGUCAGACGAAUGUGGAUCUGGACAUGCGCAUCGGAAUCCACAGUGGUUCGGUCAUGUGUGGAGUGUUGGGCGAAAAGAAGUGGCACUUUGACGUGUGGUCCAACGAUGUAGUGAUUGCGAACCACAUGGAAUCGGGCGGCGUUCCGGGCAGGGUUCACAUUUCCGAGGCUACCCUGAAGUGUCUGAACGAUACGUACGAGGUUGAACCGGGCAAUGGCGGAAGCCGUGAUAGUCAUCUGAAGAUGAUGAACAUUAAAACCUUCCUAAUCAAGCGAACCGAACCGUUGCGGCCCCGCAAGCGGCUCAUGGAUCGGCAGAGCACGGUACAGUUCGAAAAGGAGACGGCUGCACGGGUCGGUGAGUCGCGUUUCCGGAAGGAUUCGAAAACGCCAAGCAUUACUUCCAACAGUACCAACACGACCGGUACGACGGCGACGUGCUCGGGAGCGUCGGCGGCCAGCCACGUGACGGGGCAGGUGGCUACACUUCCGCACACACACAACAACAACAAUAACACAAGUAAUAACAACAACAACCAUAUCACCAAGCGCACCAGCAAAUCGACAAUCCACGAAGAUGAAACGACGACCGAUUGGAUACCGGAGAUACCGUUCAAAAAUCUGAACCAGUGUGGCGUGAAUGCUGUGGAAAGCUUUCGCGACAAAAAGCACUGCGAUCGGGAAGAUCCACUCACGUCGACGGAGGAGGUGGACGAGCUGAUCGAUCAGAGCAUACAGAUCAACUCGAACAAGCAGAUCCGCCAGGAGUAUCUGUACACGUGGACGCUCAAGUUUAAGGAUUCGUCGCAGGAGGGCACAUUCUGUCAGCUGCGCGAGGACAUGUUCCGUUCGAACAUGCUGUGCGUGUUUGUCGUGUGGAUCUUUAUCGUGCUGUGUCAAGCGGUGAUCAUACCACGCUGCACCAUACUGAUCGUAGCCCUGUCGAUUACCACGUUUCUGCUGACGGUCGGGUGCAUUCUUGUGAUGGCGGAAGAGUUCUCCGGGUUGCCAAAGUUUCUGCAGAAAAGCUCGUCAACGCUUGUGCACGAUCGUAGCCGGCGGACAAUCUUCGUUUGUCUUACCAUUAUUUUAAUGUCGAUCGCCAGCUCGAUGGGGCUGAUGAUGUGCGAUCUGGAGGAGGUAGAAAGUACAACGGAACAAAGUACGGCAAAUCCGAGCUACGCUUACUGGCAGGCUGGGGGUCAGCUGAAUGUGAACAGUACCACGAUGACGUUUUUGCGCCAUGCAUUGGGUGCGGCAAUGGAGAUGAAGAUUGCCAAUAGCAAUGACAGUGAGCCGAACGGUACGGAGGUGACGAUCUACACGCACAGUGGUGAGUCGCUGGAGGAAGAUUCGGAAACUCCAAUUCCACCCGUUCUGCAUCCUUCCUGUGUGCAUCCGGAGUAUGUAGUGUUUACCUGGGUGCUCUGUUUGAUCUCACUGGCGACAGCCCUGAAGCUGUACUAUCUGGUAAAAACGUUUAUGGCCAUCGCGAUGGUCGCAUGCUACUCCUUCCUGAUACUGCUCGUGUUCGAAAAGGUGUUUGAUUCGUACGACUUACAGUACAUACAGGCCAGCGGUAUGCCACUGGCAGCGCAGAUGAUGAUUCUGCUCGGUGUGUUCCUGACGAUGGUAACGUACCACGCACGGUUGGUGGAGGUCACCUCGCGGUUAGAUUUCAUCUGGAAGGAGCAAGCCGAGAAGGAACUAUCCAACAUGAAAUCGAACCGCCAUCUGAACGAUCUGCUGAUCAAAAACAUUCUGCCCGAUCAUGUCGCCACUUACUAUCUGUCCGAGGAGCGUACCGAUGAGCUGUACGCGAAGAUGCACGAGCUGUGUGGCGUCAUGUUCGCAUCGAUACCGAACUUUAAGGACUUUUACUCGGAAGACAUUGAGAAUGGUAAGGCGUGCAUACGCAUACUGAACGAGAUCAUAUCGGAUUUUGAUUCGCUGCUGGAAGAGCCACGUUUUGAGACGGUGGAAAAAAUUAAAACGGUUGGUGCGACGUACAUGGCUGCAUCGAAUCUGUGCUCCACGAAAAAGCAACACGUCGACGAACAGGACGAGGAAGCCGUGUGUGAUUUGGUAGAGUUUGCACUGGCCAUGCGCCAGAAGCUGCAGGAGGUUAACAAGGAUGCGUUCAACACGUUCCAGCUGCGCGUUGGUAUCAGUAGUGGCCCGCUAGUGAGUGGUGUCAUCGGUGCCCGUAAACCGGUCUACGAUAUCUGGGGCAACACGGUAAACGUGGCGUCGCGUAUGGAUUCGACCGGGGAAAAUUGGAAAGUACAGGUACCGGACUAUACUGCCGCAUUGUUGCAGACGAAAGGCUACACCUGUGUGCAACGUGGCGAAGUGAAUGUGAAGGGGAAAGGACUGAUGCUAACGUACUGGGUGUUGGGCAAGAACAUAUCCGCCAGUCAAUUAACUUCUCCGGCCCUGGUGCCUGCCGGUGUUCCACAGGCACAGACACCAUCGCUACAGCGACAAACGUCCCAGCACAGCUCGCUAGCAGCAGUCGUCUUCGGCAUGAUGCAAGCCUCUAAACGCAGUAAUAUAAACACAACGCCAACCGCAACGCCUUCUCCGAAAACCCGAUUCGGGCGACGGGGAAGCACAUUCAGCUCAGUGAGAUUGAAUCAGAGAGCGCCGUGUAACAACCCGGUACGACGCAAUACAACUCGUGUCCGUGGCCGUAGUUACACCAUGAAGAAGUAUCCAACCGUUUCAUCGCCAACGAUGGGUUCGACCGUACCGUCGGAAGACUUCGGCGUCAGUCCCCACAUACCAUCCUUCCGGCAGCUGCACCAGGAAGCCAAAUCCCACCAGACGGGCCUGUAAAGUGUCCC